AAACGUGUGCGCGUGUGCGGUGCACUGUUGAGUUGAGGUUGCGAUUUGCGAUUGCAAUGCUCUUUUUCUUAUAAAAUAUGCAAUAUUGUAUGUUAUAAUGGACGAAAUAGUAGUGGGCACCUAUGAAGGCUUUUUGCUAGGAUAUUCACUUAGUUAUGAAGAUGAGAGAAGCAAAAUUAAACAAACCUUUGCGACACAUUCACAUACUGCUUCAGUGCGAUGUGUGUCCAUAGCUGGUAAAUUUUUAGCGUCUGGUGGCACUGAUGACAAAGUUGUGGUGAUUGAUAUGAAGUCGCGAAAAGAGCACACAGUCCUCAUGAACCAUGAUGGUACAGUAAACACUUGUGCAUUCACACACAAGGGGACACAUCUGCUGACGGGGAGUGACGAUGGAUCAAUUAUCGUCACAAGAACUGGCAAUUGGCAAAUUGAGAAAAUAUGGAAGAAAGCUCAUCAAGGAUUUCCUAUUACUGAUAUAGCAGUACACCCAUCUGACAAACUAGCUCUAAGUAUAGGAGGUGACAAAACACUAAGAACUUGGAAUUUGGUAAAGGGCCGCCCUGCUUUCACCAUCAACCUUUCCAGCAAGGGUGUUACUUUGCCUACUGAAAUCAAAUUUUCUCCCGCUGGUGACAGAUUCUCACUCAUUCAUGAACAAAAUGUGGAUGUGUGGACAAUAAGUAAAGCUGGGAUUGAGAAACAAAUAAAAUGCACCACUAAACCAACAUCAGUGCAGUGGGUGUCUGAUGAGCAGAUGUAUGUAGGAUUGGACAGUGGGAAUAUUAUAUCCUUCACUGUUUCUGAUACUCAAGCACAAACUUACAAAGCUCAUAAACAAAGAGUCAAGUGUCUUCAUUACAAUAACAAUAUAUUGUAUUCACUAUCCAGUUCAGGAGAAAUUAAAGUUUGGUCUGAGAGUGAUUCCAAACUGAGUGAGUUAAGCUCAUACAAUGCUGCUUGUAGAGUAACCUGUGUCACUUUGAACAGACAAAGCCAUUUAAUCAAGAAAGAGGAGAAAUCAGAUGAAGAACAGUCUGAAGCAGAGGAGAAUAUUAAGGAGACAGAGGAAAAAGAUAAGAGUGAUGUUUCUGAUGAGGAUGAACCUAAAGCUCCAUCACCACCACCAAAGAGGAAGCCAGGAGCCUUUGUAACCAUUAGUUAUGGAAAUGAUGAUGAAGAAAAGGAAGGAGGUGCCCCACCUAAGAAGAAGUUUAAGAAAAAGAAAAGAAACAAAAAUAAAAACAAGAAAAAUAAAGUAGUUGAAUGAUAAAUGUUCUUUUUAUUAAUAAAAAAAUUUCAAACUGAAAGUAAUUUUGUUAAAGUGGGUUGAGAAGGAGUAACUCUUCCAACACCAUGAAAAAAAAUUAAGUAUGAGGAUAAACCUUGAAUGUUACCCUUGGGCCUUGCUGCUAAAGAUUCUGUUAAUGUCUGGUGGUGAAAGAGUCAAACCAAAAUUACAUUUUAAAAUGUGACUUGAUGGUGCCGACCAUAGAGUAUAUUGAAUAGUAUAGUACUGAAGUGUUGGUAACACUCGGCGCCGACGUCGAGUGGUCUGCUCAUGAUCAUAGUGUAAAUUUAACGAUUAUACAAAUUAAAACAAUGAGGAGGCACACUCAAAGAUUAUGACAAAUGUCCAUUGCACAGAUGAAGAAUUUCAUAUGUGAGAGCGAGAAGAUAUUUUUUUCUCACACAUAUGAAUGACAGUGACAUGCCCAGGCGCUGCCUGGCGGGAUAAAAUGUCAGUGUGCCUCCUCAUUUGAUUAACCCAUCAAAUCAUAAUGUGUCACGUUUUAAUAAUGUAUUUCUGGCUUACCAAGAUGCAAAAAUAAAAGAAAACACACAUUACCACUGCAGACUAUAUUUUCACCAUCAUUUUAGGAAAUGUACAUGAUGUUCACAUUGAUCAUAAUUGAUAGUAAAAAACAAUAUGAUGUAGACUUUGGUUUGUUUAUUUAAUUAUAAAUAAAAAAAUCUCUCCCAACCGCACACCCAAAUACAUAAAUAAUAAACUGUAAGACACAAUAAAUUAAUUUGGUCCCAAAAUAAAUAUUAAAUAAUUUAAGGAAAAUUUAAAUUAAAAAAAUCAACAAUUAUAAACAGUACUGAUCAAUUUUGGCAAUUGUUAAUGGACUUCCUACUUACAUUAUUCGUUAUUUCUUAAUUAAAAUAAAUAUCCUAAAUGCACAAUGUACAUUCAGUCAUACACAGAGUUAUGAAGCACGCCGCUCGCGCCCGGCUUAUUUACACGAACGAUACAGGUGGCUACAGAACCGAACAUACACACGUGAAUAAUUGAAUACUCUAUGCGGCCGAGACUGCGCCCUCCGCCUCACCGCGGGCAAGUCCUUCACAUUUGUACAAGCUCGUAUAAACAGGUAUUGUGAGUGGGGGCAGUCUCGGCCAUCGCCUAAGAAAACUAUAAAGCCAGACUUAUAUUUGACAACUCGUACAGAAAUAUCAAGAGAAAAUUUCACUGGAAUGUAUUUAUUUCAAUGAAUAUAAGUUAUAAUCAUUACGAUUUCAUAAGAUAAACAUUUUAUUUAAUAGCGCAAUGGAUAAAAAAUGCUGUGUGGUUGAAAGAUAAGUAACAACUUUAAUGAGAUGAGAUCACAUGCUCGAUGAAUGUCGAAUGUAUUCUAUGUAAUUUAAAUAUUUUACUAACACAGUAGCAACGUCGCUCUAACGACCAGUCGCUAUAAAAUACUAAGUACAUUUUGUGCAAAGUUAUUUAUUUUCAAAUUCAUGCCGAAAAUAACCAGUUUUUGUCUGAAAAAUAGAACCUUGCAACGAUUAGGAAUUACAAACCGAUAGUUGUUACUGCGAUAUUAUACAAUUUUAUUGACAAUUCAUGAAUAUUGAACAUUACAUAGUUUAUCUUAUACAUGUAUUUCAAAAAUCUUAGAAGAAAAUUAGCAGACUUUCGAGCAGCUUACGAUUGAUCUUAUGACUAGAUUGAGCCAGUGAUUUCCAGCAGUCCAUACUUCACAUCAAACUUGAAGAAAACUGACACAAAUAAUACCGCAUAGGAACGAUAAAAGAAGUAAGUCGUAGGAAAGAACUGACAUUGAAUAAAAAUAUACAGAGAUUAGAUAAGUUAGGAUAGACAGUCUAGAUAAAUGCUUUCUACUUGUCCUGUUCCGUAUUCACUUACAUCUAAAUUUCGAUUAUUAGUAUUUCUUCGUUCGACUCUACCCUACCGUCACUAAACCCUAAGCUAUAAGUCAGAUGGCACUCUCUACGCUAUCGGACACAGCUUUAGCUUCACCCCGACCCGCCAGUCGUCAGAGCCAGUCGCUCAGUUUCCAGUAUAAAUUAGUUCAGUAGACAAAAGAAGACGUAAAAGAGCUGAAGAAAAAUUACAUAUGCGCAAGAGUUCGUUGUUUUAAUAAGAAGUUGUCUACAACAAACUUUAAUAGU